AUGAGCUUGUGUGUAAUGAACCAGCCGCAACCUAUGGAUCUGGCUCCGGCGACACCAGUUUCCAGGAAACGCAAGAGAAAGCCCUCGAUCACUCGCCGCAGGCCACAAGAGCCCGAAGAUUCCCCCGCUAGCUCCGAGAACGAUCACGAUUCAACCUUCUCCUCUCCCGCCAAAUGCGUCAAACUCGAGCCCGCUUCUCCCGAGUCCCCCAAGAGCGACGACCAGCUCUCAUCUCCAGAACAAGCUCGUCUCCCUCACAACAACGAAGCGCAAGAAAUCGAAGUCGUCAAAAUCGAAAAAGCAUCAGAUGACGAAGAUGAGGACAUUCCAAUGAUCAUCCGCAACCAGGCCAAGUCCCUGCAGCGUGCACGUGCUGCGGCUGCUGCUGCCGCCGCUGCGACUACCUUGUCCACAACGUCGACAUCUUUUCAACACAGCCAGAUGGCCCCGUCGCCCUCAUCUGCGAUCUCAUCUGCUCCCAGCGCCGCGUCGACAUCGCCCGCGCCAGAAGCACGAAAGAAAACUCCCUCGAAGGCCGACUCCGAAGAUGGCGGCUCCGUCAACGGCAAGAACUACAAAAACAUGAGCCGAGAGCGGCGAUUGAUUGCGAAUGCUCGGGAACGCACACGGGUGCACACGAUUUCUACUGCUUUCGACGCGUUGCGCCAGGCGAUUCCGACUUAUUCCUACAACCAGAAGCUGUCAAAACUGGCCAUUCUUCGCAUCGCCAGCACUUACAUCAAGUCCCUCACCGCUCUUACCGGAGACACCGAGCACGGCAGCUUUGGACAGUGCGUUCAGGAGUGCACCAAGACUCUGCAGAUGGAAUGCCGCGCGCGAUCCCGAAGAAAGGGCCGUGGAAAGGACUAA